AUGUCAUUUGAUGACAAAUUUGAAAAGAUGUUAUGGUCGCCCAAUGUCUGCAUAGUAAAUACUAAAUCAACGACGGUACACAAAUCACCGAAGCCGAACGUGUUGCUGAUGUUAAUGCCAAAUGGAACCAUUUGGCUCAACUACAGGGUAAAAGUCGAGUCACCUUGUUCGAUGAACCUCGAGCGCUUCCCCAUCGAUGAACAAGUUUGCUCAUUGGUAAGCCAAAUAAUAUUUCAUGUCUAUCGGAAAAAGGAUCAAUAA